AUGGGACCAGAAAUCCCCGGUCAAGGUGCCGAGAACCUCCUAUUACAGGUGUUGGAGAUUCGUAAGAAAAAGCUUGGUACGAACCAUCCUGAUACGGUAAGGAGCAUGGGAAACCUGGCGGCGACUUAUAGGAGCCAAGGUCGAUGGGAGCAAGCCGAGCAGCUCGGAAUACAGGCGAUGGAGACUCUCAAGAUGAAGCUCGGCGAGGAUCAUCCCGACACGCUUUCGAGUAUGACAAACUUAGCGGCUACGUAUAGGAUACAGGGCCGGUGGGAAGAGGCUGAGAAGCUCGAAAUGCAGGCGAUGGACACUCUUAAGACGAAGCUUGGUACGGACCAUCCCGACACGUUGAGGAGCCUAGGGAAUCUGGCGGCUAAGCAUGGGAAUCAGGGUCGGUGGGAGGAGGCCGAGAAGCUCCUGGUGCAUUUGGUAGAGAUGCGCAAGACGAAGCUCGGCGUGGACCGUCCAGACACGCUGUUGACCAUGCAGAACCUCGCUCUCACCUGGAGAUAUAUCGAUCGAAAUGACGAUGCUAUCGAUUUGUUGCGAAAACUGCGUAGCUAA